AUGGGUCAGCUCGCUUGUCUUGUGGAAAGAUGCACCAACAUCGUCUGGAACGGCACUCACACCUCGCUAGACCGACAUGGUGUGCGCGUUCAAGCAGAUCAGCUCGAGUCAUGGUCUCAUUACUAUCGCUCCGGGCAUUCCAUCGAUUACGAAUCCGACUCUGAUUCCUCAGAAGACUCCUCGUGCAACCAAAAGGCGCCGCGAAGCAUCAGAUCGGAUCCACCCGCUUAUCUGCGCCGCAUCUCUCACCCAACAAUCGCCAAGCACACAGUCAAGCUCAGGAUCAACAUUCCGGGCGUCCCUGGCGGCUCACUUGGGUCCGAUGCCGCUGGCCCAUCCAGCGAUGAAGAUGACUCCCCGUUGCUAGACCCGCGAGGAUUGGAUGACGAAAUGGGUCGCAGAAGAGCUGAACAGCGUGCGUCCGAAGCAAGGGCAAAGACCGAGCGACGCGUCGACCGCUUGAGAUUAGCCGCACUGCUACUUUUGUGUGCGCCACAGACGGAGGAAGUGGACGUGAGUGCAAGCAUGGGCUUACUGGUCGUAUGAGAUUCUCAUGCAAGCUCCUUACCAUUUCCUCCAAAGUUCGAAUUCUUCGCGCUUCACCACUCUGACCUCCUCCGAGCGCGCUUCGCCUUGUCAGAAAGUCAGAUUUUGGCCAAGGCCAUCUCACGACUACAGCGCCUGAAAAGGUUCCGCUGGGCACCACCCUCGGACCCAUCGUUGGUCAAGGGCUUCAGCGUAGCAAUCGUUCCGCUUGCAGUCGCAGCAUUAGAGCGCGGCUUCAAGUGGGCUAUAUACCGCCCAGACUAUGCAGGAAGUCAUCCUCUAAAGGAGAUUGAUCUGAGUAACGUCACUUUUGAAACUCGUCCCUGUUUGAGUGGAGGAAGUCAUACCUUCUUUGAGGCCUUGCGCCCCAAAUACAAGCCAUAUGCUGAGGAGGAUGAACAAAGUUUCCCGCGACACAUUCUACUGGAUGCCUACGUCAAUCUCGAAACCAUCCGGGUCAGUAGCGCGACCGGUUUUAAGAGCCAAAUGCUCAUCUCGCGCACGCUAGAGCCAUUUUUACAUGAGGCGCACGAAUUUCGGAUAAAAGGCAUUCUCAACAUUCCGUCUCGGCGUCAUCGCGAUGAAUAUCCUCGGACGCGCUUGGAGCUAUCAAACGUCUUUGAGAAGGCAACGAUCUGGUCUGAGCACCUCGAUGCAGCGGCCCUUCGCACGAGGAUGGCGCAGCUGAUCGAGGGCAAAAAAGAGAUUACAUGUAGUCGGGACGAGUUGAGCAAUCUGAAUGACGCCGAGUACGAAGCUCUGAAGCGCAAGAUGGACACGCUCUACGCCGAUGCCAUCGAGAAGGUGAUGGGCAGGAUAACCAUACACAAUCGCGAUGGUGCGAUAGCUGGCAAAGCGGCGGACAUUAAUCGAUGA